GCUGUCGGGGACCGUGUGAACGCGACGUUGUCUCGGUGUAAUGUGAGCGGAGCGGCUUCACGGUGGACGAUGUUCCGUUAUUUUAAAAACAGUUCAAAGCGAAACAGCGGCACACUCGCUUGUUGCGGUUUACUCGGCACGACACGGCCGCGUUAACGUAGCGCACAGCGCUCGGCUGUCGUGUUCAAAUCCGCCACCGGAGCAGGGAGGACAAUAGGUGAGAUAAACGCCGGCCUGCUGGAGUCCAAGACUGCGGUAAACCAGACUGAACCGGGCUUCACUUGGUAGUGUCUGCGUGAGGAAUUGGGCUUUCAGAGCGAAGUGACAGCCGGCGUCAGGUAGCUGCGUCAGGAUGGCAGCUGUAGUGAACUACUCCCCACCUUGGUGGGUGAAUCUGCUUCACCGGUUGCCUCAUUUCAACCUCGAAUUCCAGCUGGUGAGCAGUGACUUCAGACCAGAGGAUUCUGAGUACCAGAAGUCUGUGUUGCUGCUUGGGUCUUUGGCAUUGUUGUGUUUGGGCCUGGACCUCCUCUUUCUCCUCUUCUACUCGUUUUGGCUUUGCUGCCGACGACGCAAAAGAGAUGAAUCCUCGCACUCUCAUACGCACUCUCAUCAGCCUAGUCCUGAUUGCUGCUGCACGGCCUGGUGCGUCAUCAUUGCCACACUCGUCUGCAGCGCUGGCAUUGCUGUUGGAUUCUACGGGAAUGGAGAGUCGAGUGAUGGAGCCAGUCGCUUGGCAUACUCCCUCCGUCAUGCAAACCACACUGUAUCUGGAGUGGAGAAAUUGGUGUCUGACAGUGCCUCAGCCCUAAACCAGACUGUGGAGAAGAACCUGGUCCAGUUGGAGACUACCUUCCAGGAGCAGGCAGAUUACGUGUCCAUCGUCCAAAAGCUGCAGGGACAGCUGGAUGAACUCGUGAGGCUGAUGGUGGAUGUUCCUUUCUGGUCCAGUACUGACGUUUCUCUGGAAGAUCUGGCCCGCAAGACAGAGGCUUUUGACUUUUACAGGUGGUUGGGUUACCUGAGCCUGCUGCUCUUUGAUGCACUCAUCUGUCUUCUGGUGCUUUUUGGCCUGAUACGCAACUCCAGAGGAACUCUCAUUGGAGUGUGUCUGUUGGGGGUUCUGACUCUGAUCAUCAGCUGGGGGUCUCUCGGCCUGGAACUGGCUGUGGCUGCAUCAGCCAGCGACUUCUGCGUCUCCCCGGAUACCUACAUCACCCGGGUAACCAAGGAAAAUGUUGUCAUCGACCAAGAUAUCCUGCAGUAUUAUCUGAGAUGCAGCCCUGGACAAAUCAAUCCCUUUCAGCAGAGGCUGUCAGGGAGUCACAAAGCUUUGGUGGAAAUGCAGGAUGAUGUGGCAGAGCUACUGAGAUCAGCAACGCGUGAUUAUGCCAACACCAAGGAGAGUCUCGAGCAAAUCCAGUCAGUGCUGAAUUCCACCGAGGUUGGACUUCACCAGCUGACUGCUCUGGUCGACUGUCGCAGCCUACACAUGGACUAUGUUCAGGCAUUAACAGGCCUGUGUUAUGACGGAGUUGAGGGUCUCAUCUACCUGAUUCUCUUCUCCUUCGUCACUGCUCUGAUGUUCUCCUCCAUUGUGUGCAGUGUGCCACACACUUGGCCUGGCAAGAGGACGGAUGAGGAAGAUGGAGAGGACGAGUCGGGCGCCUCACGCGGCGGUGUGCACGAUAACCUGUACCGCGUUCACAUGCCCAGUCUCUACAGUUGUGGCUCCAGCUACGGUAGCGAAGCUAGCCUGCCCGCUACAGCCCACACUGUCAGCAAUGCCCCCGUCACUGAGUACAUGAGCCAGAACGCAAACUUUCAGAACCCUCGGUGUGAGAACACCCCCCUGAUUGGCAGGGAGUCCCCUCCACCCUCUUACACCUCUAGUAUGAGAGCUAAGUACCUGGCCACUAACCGACCAGACCAGAACCGACGUUCCGUUCCCAACGACCAACUGGACCCGGCCAGCCGGCCUCACCCCACUGCCCGACCACAGUCGUCAGUCCACUAGAUACCAGAGCCGCAUCACGUCACCCCACCACUGCCUCAGUCUAGUUCUCACAGCCAAUAAGACCCAGCACGGCGCUCGUCCUAGCUCAACCAGAGCUGAGUGCUUCGAGCACCAACAGGUUCACUUACACAGAUUCACCAGAAACAACAACAGCAAGCAAGAAAACAUCAACCAAGCACCUCAGUAAAGGACUGCACUUUGAAGAUGUGAAGAUCGGUGUGAAGAAAGCUAUGUCUGCUCAUCUUCUUCUUCAUGAAUGCACAUAAAGAGCUGCUCAUUAUCAUCAUCGAGCAGCACACCUACCCAGAAUUCUCAGCAAGUAUAGCCUGACUCCCUCUCUGCAGUUUCUUCCUGUACUCUCCAAAUACCUCCUCAUCUUCCUCCACUGGGAUAGAUCUCUUCACUGACCCCCAGUGGAGACAGCUACUGCUCAAACCCCCUGAGACUUGUACAUUUAGACCACACACACAAACACACACGUGCGUACACACACACAAACACGCACACACACAGACAGGCACACACACACACACACACUGUACAGAGCUGUAAAUAGCUUUAUUCUGACUUGACAUGAAAAGUAGACUGUUGAAUCAUGGUAAUGUGGUGUGUUGUGUGUUUAUCAUGGAAAUAUUUGCUGUAUCUCAGACACGCACACACACACGCACACACACACGAUCAGACAGUCUAAAUCUCAUCUGUAUAAAUAACAAGUGCAUCAGAAAGCCAUGUUUAGAUAGAAACUCUAGCACCACAUCCACUUUCUCUCUUUCGCUUAACAUUGUUGUCUAACUAAGACUUGAAUCGUGAGCUUCAAAAGUGUAUCCAUGCCUCUCACUUGUACGUGUUUACGUGCACCGCAGUUCAUGCAUUGUUUUGAAUGCGAGCCAGGAAUCCUGUGGUGGAACAACUUCCUUGAAGCGUUUUGGGAAAUGGAGGAAGAGACAAGAAGGACAAGAAGGCUCAACUGGUGCCAAAAAACUCUAUAAUGAAUAUGAGGAAUGCCUGAUUCUGUCCUCCUGCUGCCUCCAGAUGUUUCCACGAAAGGGGAGAAAAUCCUGAAAAUGCUUUCUCUGCCACUGUUAAUUAAAGGGAACAGAAAAGACACUUGAAAGGGGAAGCAAUGGACAGAUAACUGCGACUCCACACUUUGCCAGGUGCUAAGUUCGCUACUCAAGGCCAUAGAGGACGAUCAGCACAGAGAAGGGACGUAAAAGUUUUUAUUAGAACGUGUUGUUUUCAUUCAGGGAUGUGAUCAGGAACAUUAAAAAAAAGCAGGAAGCAGCUUUCCAUCGUUACUGAAUGGAAGUUGUGCCCUAAAACCUGAAACAACACAUCCCUGUUAAAUUCUGUUACAUUACAAGUGUUUCAAAAUUAAGUAAAGUAGCUGUUUUUUUUCUUCUUCUUUGUUUUAUCAUCUGACAUUCAGGAUGUAAUACUGUGACCAAGUGUACUCUUCAGUUUUUUUUUUCUGUCCCUAUGCUUUUAUUUUCUUAACUGGUGACUGCGGAUGACCCUUUAGCCACCAGCAGUGAGAUAUUUUGUUCUCUUUGUUUAACCCACAAGCACAAAUUCUCUUCAAGGUGACAUUGUGUGAUGGAGAAGCAAAACACUGCCGGGAACACUGCCAGUGGUUUUUUUCCCCCUCCGGCUCUAAAACUCUGUGUACAGUGUAUAAAAUCUGUAGUUGUGAACUAGUGUGUGACAUCACUGCAGUGUGAUUGGCUAUUGCUCUAUCUCAGCGUCACCGUGUGUAAGUGUGCACACGAGGGUCAGCCUAUCUACUAGUCUUACACGCACACGACGCCGCUUCAUAACUAAACAUAAAAUCCAGCGUUCCUUGCUUUUGUCCUCUAUUACAUUCACAUCUUGUAGCUGCACUCCCUCCCACAGCUGUGACUUCACGCUGGUAACCAUUUGCAUUAUGGGUAAUGUAGUAGGUAGUAGCUGCAAUUCAGAGAAAUCUCUUCUAGUUAGCCGAGUGAGCAGAUCCUCGACAUUCAGUCACCUUUCAGCCGCCAUUCCUGUACAGCCUUUAAAUACUUUAUUAUUAAUCAAUGACCACUUCUCGUAAUAGCGAGACAAUCUUACAUGUGUGAUUUUACUAGAAAGGAAAUGUCCAUGUUAUGGUAACAAUGCUACCUAUGGUCUAGUAUUUUACAGUGUGUGUAUGUUUUUUUGCACCAUUGAUGCAAACAUUGUUAAGAUCUGUGGGACUAGUCACUGAUUAACGGCCUUUCAUGUUUAUAAACUCUUAAAACACUCUUCAUAUCCCAACAUGGUUUUUUUUCCCUCUGUCUUGUAAAAAUCAAAUCUUUAAAGAUAAAAUAAUAGCUAGCUGUUUUGUAGGAGAAUAAAUGCAAGAGCAGUGUUUUUCCUCUUAUUAAUGGUGAAUGACUCUCUGUCUUGCAAUGUUUUAAUAAAACUACUCCAGUGUCGUCUGCAUACCUGGCCUUAAGUUGUAUUUGAAUUCCUGUGCAAUGCAUUCUGGAAUUAACCCGUCCUGGUUCUGAAUGAAUUGAUUGAAAAAGUAAAAAAAAAAAGAAAGAGAAGAAGCUCUGCUUAUGUUGGAAAAGUGUGUGUGUGUGUGUUCACAGGACUUCAAAUACACCUCUGUCCAGAUGUGACGGGCAAAUAAUGUUUUUUAUGGCUGUUUUUAUUUUCUGAUGGUUAAACUAAGAUAUUAAUGAUGUACAUGUCAAAACUGUGGUAAUGAUAUCAUUCAGCCUGGAAUAAAUGUUUUAAAAGAAGAAAUUAAAGCAAAUUUAACGUA